UGGGCGGGGUUUGUUUGAGCGGCGAGCAGCAUCAGAUCCUGUGCGAGUGUAGAUGAUGGGUGUGUGAGACUCCGAUAGUCCGCUAACCGAUCAAAAUAAACCCGGGGACACGUUAAAACACAUAUACAGCUACCUCUCCGCCGGGAGAGGAGCAGCAGCAGGAGGUUUCUCUGCCUGGAGAGCCUCUCUGAGCGGGGGAGUCGAGCCGGGCCAUGGCGCGGGACUAUGAUUACCUCUUCAAGCUGCUCAUCAUCGGCGACAGCGGUGUUGGCAAAAGCAGUUUACUGCUGAGGUUUGCUGAUAACACUUUUUCAGGCAGCUACAUCACCACCAUCGGUGUGGACUUCAAGAUUCGCACGGUGGAGAUCAACGGGGAGAAAGUCAAGCUGCAGAUCUGGGAUACAGCGGGACAGGAGCGAUUCCGGACGAUCACCUCCACGUACUAUAGAGGCACUCAUGGGGUUAUAGUGGUUUAUGACGUCUCCAGCGCCGAGUCGUUCGUGAACGUCAAACGCUGGCUUCAUGAAAUCAAUCAGAACUGUGACGACGUCUGUCGAAUAUUAGUGGGUAAUAAGAACGAUGAUCCCGCCUCUAAAGUGGUGGAGACCAAUGACGCGCAGAAGUUUGCCGAGCAGAUGGGCAUCCGACUGUUUGAGACCAGCGCCAAAGAGAACAUCAACGUGGAGGACAUGUUCAACUGCAUCACUGAGCUCGUCCUGAAGACACGCAAAGAGUGUGUGGCCAAACAGCAGCAGCAGCAGCAGAGCGAAGUCGUCAAACUGAGCAAGAGCAGCAAACGCAAGAAGAAGUGCUGCUAGUGGACCUGACACACACACACACACACACACACACACACUGUCGUCUUUGAUUCCCCUGAAGAUCUGCGGCAGAACGGCCCAAUGUGAGCGACUGCAGUAUUAAUGUGACUUAACCAAUCAGGACCACGUCUAAGACGAUCAUCUUCAUGUGGACCACACGUGUGCUGCUCUGCCAACCACUAAGAGACACUUGUUUUGCCUUCUGCUUUCUCUUUUGUCUUUCAUUUUUGUAAAAUUGUAUUUUUUUUACUAACAAAUUAUACAAUCAAACACACAGUAGUGUUUAAUGAAUCUGGUGCCAUUGACUGAAAGAGGUUGUCUUUACAAAGCUGCGAGGAAACAUGAGCCUCUGGAAAUAGUGAAUGCAAGAUGAGCGUGUUUCUUCAUCAGGUUUGUAGAGAUGUAGCGUUGCAUCAGUGUCUCAUCAGUGGAUGCUCUGCAGUGAAUGGGUGCCGUCAGAAUGAGAGUCUGAUAAAAACAUCACAAUAAUCCACAGCACUCCAGUCCAUCAGUGAACAUCUGGAGAAGACAAAAGAUGAAACACAUCCAGCAUUAAGAUGUUAAGUCUGAAUCAGGAGAGAAAUCUGCACAGGUAAAGUACGUGUGAAUUUCUUGUGGAUGUUUUUAUCAGCUGUUUGGACUCUAAUUCUGACGGCACCCAUUCACUGCAGAGCAUCCAUUGAUGAGACGCUGAUGCAAUGCUACAUUUCUACAAACUUGAUGAAGAAACAAUCUCAUCCUGAUCUGAGGGUGAACACAUUUUAAUUUCUGUGUAAACUAUUCCUUUAAAAAGGAAUAAUUCAUGUGAGAACGGACACUUUGUUUUUUAUUCACCUGCAUGUCAUUGCAACCCAUUCAUUUCCUCUGUGACUCACAAGCAGCCUGAACAUUCUGCUAAACGUCUCCUGUUGUGUUUCACAGAAGAAAGCAAGUUAAAUUACUUUGUGAUGACAUGAAGGCGAGUAAAUGAUGACAGAAUGAGCAUUUGAAUUGAAUUUAUGGUUCUCAGUGCACAAUCUCUCCUUAUGAAAAUCAAAAGUGAGCUCUCUAAAGCGGUUCAUGUGACUGUUACCUGCUGUAUUUGACUCCUCAGAUCUUCUGAACACAUUCUAGUUCCUCUUCAGCAGGAAUAUCGAGACACCAGCGGCAUUUAUGCCUGAAAAUAUCCGAUCCUGAAGAACCGAGUGCUGCUGGUGACGCUUUUGGAUCCUAAAACACAAAUGCAGUGACAGACUGUGGGAGUGAAUGAUUCUAGCUUUGAGAUGUUCACAGUGGAUCUGCGACAAACCCUUAUGAAACCAGCGUUGUGUUAAUUGAUGUGUUCAUAUGAUUGAACGUCUGCUCUGUAUGACGCAUCUACACGCGAGCGAACACGCAUGUCUUCAUGUGGACAGACGUGUGUCAGUGUGAUGAUCUGCUGUACACUGGAGAACAGCAACUAUUGCUCAUAUCCUCCCAACGCAAGUCUAACCAUAAUAAACAUUUUAAGAGAACAAAAUGUUCAUCUUUACUUGUUUAGCCACAAGGUGUCGCUCUAAUACAGUGAAACAAUUGCUCGUUCUCUUUUGUGUCUGGAUAAGUUUUUAUCCAGUUGGUGUUUUUACAUGUUUUGAGACAAAUCAGAAACAUAUGAGUCAGACUAGAAUCUGAAAUCGCGUUACAGAUGCUUCAUUUUCAAAAUGAGUGACAUUUAUGUCCGUCAUGUGUAAAAUAAAUCAACAUUUAAC